AUGAAUAAAGCCCCUAAAUUUCCCAUGGCGUCUCUAUACGUCGGGAAUUUGCACUCAGAUAUUACUGAGGUACAGCUCUUCGAAAAAUUUUCGGAAGCUGAUUAUGAUACGAUAAAGAAUCGCGCAAUGCGCAUCAUGUGGUCCCGACGUGAUCCAUCUCUACGUAAAUCUGGAGUAGGCAAUAUUUACAUCAAAAAUAUAGAUAAAGCCAUUGACAGUAAGGCUAUGUAUGAUACUUUGUCUGCAUUCGGUAACAUUUUGAGUUGCAAGGUUGCUCAAGAUGAGACCGGCAACAGCAAGGGCUAUGGCUUUAUUCAUUUUGAAUACGAAGAAGCCGCUAACAAGUCAAUUGAGAAAGUUAAUGGCAUGUUGCUUAAUGGCAAGAAGUUAUACGUUGGUAAAUUCAUUGCACGUAACGAACGCGAAAAGGGAUUGGGAGAGAAUGCUAAGUUAUUCACCAACGUCUACAUUAAAAAUUUUGCAGAAGAUUUAAGCGAUGACCAAUUGAAGAAGAUGUUUGAAAAGUUUGGAAGAAUUACGAGCCAUAAGAUCAUGACUACGGAAGAUGGCAAAUCAAAGGGAUUUGGAUUUGUUUCUUUUAAAGAAUCCGGUGCUGCCGAGGCCGCCGUCAAUGAGAUGAAUGGAAAGGAAAUUGUUAAAGGAAAACCAAUGUACGUUGGACGUGCCCAGAAGAAGGCUGAUCGUCAGCUCGAAUUCAAGCGUAGAUAUGAACAGCUCAAGAUCGAGCGUAUGAACAGCUACCAAGGCGUUAACGUGUAUGUUAAGUAUUUGGAUGACACCAUUGAUGAAGAUAGAUUGAUGAAGGAAUUUUCGGUCUUUGGUACAAUUACGUCCGCUAAGAUAAUGAUGGACGAGGGUCGCAGCAAGGGCUUCGGUUUUGUUUGCUUCUCCUCUCCGGAAGAAGCGAACAAAGCUGUAACAGAAAUGAACGGCCGCAUCGUGGGUUCGAAGCCGCUGUACGUUGGUUUGGCUCAGCGUAAAGAAGAUCGCAAAGCCCAUUUUACGUCGCAAUACGCUCAACGUUUGGCAAAUAUCAGAAUGCAACAAAUGCAAUCGUGUAUUCAACCAAUGGUAUCGCCAAACUAUUACAUGCCUACGUUAACUGUUCAACCUCAGACAUAUUUCGGCGCGACCACCACUCAAAUACCGCCGAUGCUCUCCAAUGCAAGAUGGCCCCAGAAUUCCGCGCGUCCUUCACAAGAAGGAGCCAAUGCCUAUGAUUGUAUGCAUAGUAAUAUGAUUAUUGAAAGACCUAUAACU